GGGAGCAGAGCAUCCAGAGCAGCGCUUCCAGAGCAGAGCCACCCUCCAGUCAGUCCGGCAGUUCAACCGGAUCCGGAGUUCAGUCGAUACCGUUAACUCUUUCAAAUUGGACGCGAAAAGCGCGUUCGCGAGACUAGUGAGCGAGUUAGAAAGAGAGAGCGAGCUUAUAAGAAGAAAGCCCCAAAGUGCGGAAAGUGAUCGCCAAAAUUCCAAAUAACUUAAAAAUUAAAAUUGAAAUUAAAAAUUAAAUACUAUAAAAGUACCAAAAACUGGCAUAACUAGAACCACUCCAAAUACCUUUAAUACUAUAUAGAUCUUAAAAAUAAAUCUUUCUAUGAACGGGAAAUAAGUUAAAUACAUUUUGAUUGAUUGGUACAUACAAGAACUCUUAGAAACCUUAUUGUUAAGGGCCUAUAAAAUCGUCAUCCAGUUCCCGUAACACCUGAUCGCGUAGUUGACCUCCAAGACCAUCAUCCCACCAACCAGCACGGCCACUCCCUUGCAUGUGAGACCCGUAAUCGACCCUCUCCGGUCCCUGGUCGAUCCAAUGAAAAUGGAAGAUCCCACCAUAAACGACACGUACGUGCAGGAGUUCGAUCUGCAUCACCUGGAGGUGGGCGGAAACGGAGCUGGCCCGGCUCACGGCGGCUCCCAGGUGACCACCAUUGGUCAUGUCAAGCGCGAGGACCACAGUCCGCCGCAACCGGUGGCCGUCAAAUGGACGACGAUCCACGGCGAGCCCACAAAUCCGGAGGAUGAGCCCGAAUCGCUGCCCCUCUCCGGACCAGAACCCGCCGGAGCCGUCGAGGUCUCCCCAUCGCCGCACAUCAAACUGAGGUCCUUCUCGGGUCAGCACCAGUGGCACAUGGACGAGCGGCGCCUGCAUCCGCUCUCUCCGCCGCCGGAGCAAUAUGGUCCGCUGCCCGGACAGGCCAUCCUGGUGAACACAUCCUCGGGAGCGGCGGGAGCGGGUGUUCCUGGUGGAGUGCCCUCCACGCCGCCGGAAACGCCACCCGUCGUGGGUUCGCCCACGGGCAGCAGCAGCUGUCCGUCCCAGACCUAUGCCCACCACUAUGCUCGGACUCCGGGAAGUUCCGUAUCUGCCUCCGCCGCUGCCGCCGCCGCUGCUGCAGCUGCCUCUGCCGGAGCUGCCUCGGUCUCGGCCGGACUGAGCCACGACAUGAUGUGGCUGACCAACUCCAUACGGGCGGAGCAACAGCCUCUGGACCUGCGACCCCUGCCCUAUCCGGGCUCCCAGGAGGAGGCGGAGGAGUGGGACAGACAGCGGGAUUACGCGCUCCAGGCGGCGGCUGCCCAUCACCAUCACCACGGACAGCCGCUGAUGCAGGCGCAGCAUCAUCAUCCGCAUGGACACGGCGGUCAUCCGCACCAGGUGGUGCUGCAGCAGGGCAAAUAUCCGCACCACCAUCACCACCACUUCCACAAUCUGGAUCUGACGCCCAUCAAUAUGCACUCCAAUUCGUAUGGCGGUGCUCCGGGCUCCCUGACGCCCACCUGUCUGCCCCAGGUGCCCAGCAACGGCAGUGGCAGCAGCAGCGGCGGAGGAGGAGGCGGUGGCAGUGGCAGUGGCAGCGGAGGACCCGGCAGCGUGGGUGGUGGUUCCUGCGUGAUCACCCGGGCUGCCCUGCAACCCUGCCGCCCACUCUCCGCCAGCUCGACCAGAUCCUCGAACAACAUGUCACCGAGAACCUGUUCCGGCGCCUACAGCAAUGCCACGCUGGAGGAUUGCCUCAACGACGACAUGCUAACCACGUUGACGGUGCGGGAACUGAACAAGCGACUCCACGGCUGUCCACGGGAGGAGGUAGUGCGUCUGAAGCAGAAGAGGCGCACUCUGAAGAACCGCGGCUAUGCCCAGAACUGCCGGUCCAAGCGACUCCAUCAGCGCCACGAACUGGAGAAGGCCAAUCGGGUGCUCAACCAGGACCUGCACCGCCUGAAGGUGGAGUACUCCAGGGUGUGCCAGGAGCGGGAUGCCCUUAUGCAGCGCCUGCAGCGAGUAGGGGCCGCGAAUGGAGGUGGCGGUGGAGGAGGUGCAUCUGCCGGAGGCGAUAGCCAAAGCUCCCCGGAAUUCUACCUCUGACGCCAACUGGCGGUGGCCAGCGGCUCCUCCGCAUCCCCAUCCUCCUCCUCGCAGCAGCAGCACCACCACCAGCAGCUCCAUCUCCAGCACCGGGGUCCGCAGUGGAAUCCCCAGCAGGUGGUCAACUAAAUGAGAAGCGUUCCGGGUGUAAGGUAUUUGCCAAACAGAGUUAGUGUCCAACCCAAGUUGGUGUUUUCCAGAAGUUUUUAGGUAUAUUGAUACACGUAGUUCCAAGAAUGUUUUCCAAAUAGUUUGUUAUAGGGUCUUAAAAGUAAUCUUUAAUAGAAAAUAUUUUCCAAGUUCAGUUGUAUACCCAAAACGAAUUUUAUUCGAUGUUAUCCAUUCAAGCUAAUUUAUUAUAAGAUUUUCAGAAAUAUCGAAAGAAUACGAAAGAACUUAAAUAUUUGAUUUUUAACUUACAUAUUUCUUUUUAAGCAAAUCAUUCCCAUAAAAUCCACUGUUGAUAUUUUUGAGUAGCUCAGCAACUUAAGAAACUACAAAACGGAUCUUAUUUCUGGUCCCAAAUUGUCAUGUGCAUUCCCUCAAAUAAUGAAAAACACUUCCAUUUAAUUGAUAAUGCUGAUAAAUAAGACUUUUCUGGGAAUUCUGUUAAACAUUUUUACUACGAAAUUUUUGAGUGGGGCUUUUCUAGCGCUUAAUUCUCUAUUAAUUUGAUUGCGACAAUAAAUUCCGAUUGAAUAUCAGUUUGAGAACUUCGAAAGUGAUCGACAGAGAUUGAAAUACAUAGGUAGAGGGAAAGGCGAGAGAGAGUGCAUGUUUGGAUGGAACUUUUGCUGAUUAUCAGUCUGACUAAGGCAAAGAUCGAUUAUGAAUAACACUAAUUCGAGCUCGUAUGUAUAAAGGACAAACAUUGUAUAAAACAAAGGAACAACAACAGACGUAACGUAAAUUUAAACUAGCAGCUUCUGAUUAACAAUCGCUACAUUAUUACAAAUUACGAGUUAGUAACACACGCUUAUUUGUUGAUUAGUUCUAGCCUUAGUUUCUCUACUAGUAUUAAGCGAGAGCAGAAGCGAAUAUUAAUAUCAUAGAUGCGAUAGUUGUUCUUAGAGGCCGUGUUUCCGUUUCCGUUUAAGCCACCACCGCCCCCGCGCUCCACCCCCUCAGAAAGCAAUAAAAUCACUAAAACUAAAGGUUGUAUUACGUUUAAAUGCCGCAAACUUCAAAAACCGAUGUUGUAUAAAGUGAAACUGGAACGAAGCGAAGAGCAAAACUCAACUGGAGUAAACUAAACAAACAAGUCCUAUACAAUGUAAUAAGCACUGAGAACGAUAAUGAAAAAUGUAAAUACACCCACACACCUACGUAUAAAAAGACGAUUCUGUACAUUUUAAGAUUUUUUGAAAGCAUUCUUUCUGUCUUUGUGAAACUAGAAGAACACACGAAUACUGAACGCAAAAAUUUAAGAUAAAUUAAUAACUAAAAACAAUUGUGAGUAGUCCAUAAGUGUGCAUAAAACAAUUUAGUAAUAAAUAAAUCUAAAUUAAAGCAUAAACUGAA